AUGGCCGGACAAGAACAGCGCCGCCGCCGCCACCGCGUCGUGCUGUUCCCGCUGCCGUUCCAGGGCCACGUCACCCCGAUGCUCCAGCUCGCCGCGCUCCUCCACUCCCGGGGCCUCGCCGUCACCGUCCUCCACACGGCGUUCAACGCCCCCGACCCCGCGCGCCACCCGGAGCUCGCCUUCGUCCCCAUCCACGAGGCGCUCCCCGACGAGGUCACCUGCCCCGGCGCCGACAUCGCCAGGCAGCUCCUGGCGCUGAACACCGCCUGCGAGGCGCCCUUCCGGGACGCCCUCGCGUCGCUGCUGCUGCUGCGCGGGCGCCGCGGCCAGGACCAGGACCAGGGCUCCGUGGCUUGCGCGGUGGUCGACGGGCAGUGCUACGCCGCGGUGGACGCCGCCGCCCAGCUCGGCGUCCCCGUCCUCGCGCUCCGGACCGACAGCGCCGCCACGUUCCGCACCAUGCUCGCGUUCCCGCGGCUGCGCGACGCCGGCUACGUUCCCAUCAAAGAGGAGAUGCUCGAUGAGCUGGUGCCGGAUCUCGAGCCGCUCCGCGUGCGGGACCUGAUCCGCGUCGACGGCAGCGACGCCGACGCGCUGUGCGGCUUCAUCGCCCGCGUCGCCGGCGCCGUCCGUUCCUCGGCGUCCGGCGUCGUCGUCAACACGUUCGAGGGGAUCGAGGCGCCGGAGCUCGCCAAGAUCCGGCGUGAGCUCUCUCUCCCGGUCUUCGCGGUCGGGCCGCUACACCUGAUGUCCCGGGCGCCGGCGGAGCAAACCACCCUGCGCGCGCCCGACGGCGGCUGCCUGGCGUGGCUGGACACGCGCCCGCCGCGCUCCGUGCUGUACGUGAGCCUGGGGAGCGUGGCCACCGUCGGCCACGCCGCGUUCGAGGAGAUGGCGUGGGGGCUUGCCGGCAGCGGCGUCCCGUUCCUGUGGGUCGUCCGGCCGGGCUUGGUCGCCGGCGGCGAGGAGGAGGCUCCGCCGCCAUUGCCAGAUGGGUUCAGCGAGGAGAUCAAAAACAGGGGGAAGAUUGUGACAUGGGCUCCACAGAGAGAGGUCUUGGCGCACGCAGCCAUUGGCGCGUUCUGGACGCACUGCGGGUGGAACUCGACAUUGGAGAGCGUCUGCGAAGGGGUGCCCAUGCUCGUGCAGCCGUGCUUCGCGGACCAGACGGUGAACGCGAGGUACGUGACGCACGUGUGGGGGGUUGGGAUGGAGGUUGGGGAGGUGAUCGAGAGGGGAAUCGUCGCGGAGGCGGUGGCGAAGGUGAUGGUUGGGGAAGAAGGAGCUCGGAUGAGGGAGAGGGCACACCGUCUGAAGAUGGAAGCAUCUGCCGCUACUAGUUUGUCCAUAGAUAGCCUAAUUCAUUACAUAUCGUCCCUGCCAACUGCAAAUUAGUCAUGCUCAGCAAAAUUAUCAAAUA